AUGUUUUCUCUCGCUGGAACUGUGCUUGCACUCUCGCUCGCUGCUCUCUCCAGCCUUCCUGUCGCUCAGGCAGGCAUCACUGAGCUCUGGUGGAACAUCACCUAUGUCGAGGAUGUCAACCCCGAUGGUCUCUUCCCGCGUCGCGCAAUAGGCGUCAAUAACUCUUGGCCACCGCCACCGAUCGACGUUAGCGCAAACGACACCCUUAUCUUACAUGCGCUCAACUCGCUUACGGAACCGACUACUCUGCAUCAUCAUGGGAUGUUCUUUAAUAAUGCAAGUUGGUACGAUGGUGCCGUCGGUGUUAGUCAAUGUGGGAUUCCUCCCGGCGAUUCGUUUACAUACGUUGUGCCGAUCAAUGAGUCUGGGCAAUGGGGAACUUAUUGGGUCCAUGCUCAUGAUAAUGGACAUUAUGUCGACGGUCUGCGUGCUCCCGUCGUGAUUCACCCACAGCAGGAAGUGCACACCUACGAUGAAGAAUUCACUAUCGUUGUCGGCGAUUGGUACCAUGACGAACACGGGGUCCUCUUGAACGAAUUCAUCAGCAUUGCAAAUCCUGGAGGCGCAGAACCGGUUCCGAAGGCACCGCUUAUAUACUUCGCGCAGAAUGGUACAUACAUGAAUGGCUUCAAUGGCAAUGCGAGCCUUCCGUUCCAACCUGGGAAGACGUAUCGUCUGCGAAUCGUCAAUACGUCCGCUUUUGCAAUGUUUUUCUUCUGGGUUGAAGGUCAUCAGAUGCGUAUUAUCGAGGUCGACGGCACCGACACUCAGGAGAUGCCUGUUGACUUACUUUCGCUUACUGUUGCUCAACGUUAUUCCGUACUGGUCACCGCUUUGAAUGACUCAACUGCGAACUGGGCGAUUCAUGCGAAUAUGGACACGGAUAUGUUUGACACCGUCCCAGAUGAUCUUAAUCCCAAUGCUACUGCACAAGUUAUCUAUUCUCAAUCGUUCACACUCAACGAGCCGCAAACGAUCGACGCGUACGGUGAUACGAACGAUACCGCACUGGUACCCGUUCAGGUCGUUCCUCAAUACAGUGGUUCAGUUCGAACUGUCCCGCUAGUGGUUUCAUUCGACACAAUGACCGACGGCACUAACCGAGCAAUGUUUAAUAACAUCACUUAUAACACUCCCGUUGUGCCUUCGGUCUUCAGUGCAGUCAGCAUGGACAGUGUCGCUGGACCUGGAGCAGCGGACGUCGCAUCGGCGUAUGGACCUUGGAACUACGUUCUCGAUGAUGGCGAUGUUGUGGAUAUCCUUCUAAUGAACAGUGACGCCGGCAAACAUCCUUUCCAUCUUCACGGACACCAAUUCCAAAUCGUCAACCGCGCAACGGACUACACAUCCGACGAUCCGUCACUCAACCCACCUCUUGUCGAAGGUCAACCCAACCCAGUGCGUCGCGACACCGUACAAGUCGAGUCUGGUGCGAGCGUCACCCUUCGUUUCCAAGCAACAAACCCUGGGGCAUGGAUGUUCCACUGCCAUAUCGAGUGGCAUCUUCAGGCCGGUCUUGCAGUCACCUUCAUCACAGCUCCAGAGGAGAUGGCUGCUGCUUCAACAGCAGGGAGACACCCUAUUCCACAAUUCAUGUUCGACCAGUGUGCAGCGUUGAACGAACCUACGACGGGGAAUGCGGCAGGGAAGAACAGCACGACUGACUUGACUGGCCUCACUCUUGGACCGUUCCUGCAGAACAAUGGAUGGCACGGAAAGGGGAUCGGUGCAAUGUUUGGUUGCGUGCUUACUGCCUUCCUCGGUAUGCUAAUGGUAAGCUGGUAUGCACUUGGCGAACGCCUCUCAGACGAGGAGGUCGAGGCCGAAACGAGAAGACAUCAGGAUGAGAAGGAAGCUCGUGGUCGGUUCUUCGGUGUCGGGAAACUUCUGGACAGAUCGAAAGCAAAAUCCGGAUAG